AUGCUGUCGGCACUCCAGGUGAUCAGGGCGGUGAUGCUCAUUGUAACAUGGCCAUGUGGGACCAUACUGAACUCAUCCAUUAUAGCUGUCUAUCUCAGCGACUGGAAGAAGGGAGUGAAACUUGGGGAGUGUGAUCAGAUCAGUCUCAGUAUGGGGUGCACCAACCUGCUCUUGCAGUGCUUCGUAACGCUUGGAGUGGCCUUCCUCUCAUAUGGACUCCACCUGCCGUUUGCAGUACAAGUCUCAUUUACCGUUGGCCACAUUUACUUGUUUUUUGUUUUUCUCUCAUUUUGGCUCACAGCCAGUCUCUCCACCUGCUACUGCCUGAGACUGGUCAAUCCGUUACCUAAAUGCUUUAUUCAGUUAAAAAGGAGACUCUCUCGCAUUGUUACCCCACUCCUUGUGUGGUCAGUGGCAAUUUCAUCUAUUACUACGGUUCCAAUGAACUGGACAUUAGCCAUAGCAACUGACCAGAAUAUAACAACGAUGUCUUAUAAUAUUUCUGUUAAUGUUGUUCACUUGAUUUUUGAAACUGCAUUUGGCAUCGGCCUGCCCUCCAUUAUUACCUCUAUUUGUAUUCUACUUUCCCUGAUAUCGCUCCUGAGGCACAUCCGGAGAAUGAAGCAGAACCCUCAGUUCGGGAGUCCUCAGCUGAAGAACCUUAUAAGAGCUUGCAGGACAAUGUUCCUACUCAUGGCUCUGAAUUUGCUCUUUUUCCUGGUAAUUUUGAGUUCAGCGCUACCCCCAUAUAGUGGGAAUACUUUAUGGCAAACUGUGAUUUAUUCAUGCGUCAUGUUAACCCCCUCAGGUCAAGCCGUUGUUCUGAUCUUUGGAAAUUCCAAGGUACUCAGUGCCUGGUCAAAAACCUUAGUUCCUCAGGGAUAG